AUGACUCUCAGCAACCUCGAAUCCGUCUGCCGCAAGAAAGGAGGAGACGAGCUGUACACCUGUACCCUAAAAUGUGAGCUAGACACCAUCUCAGAUGAAAACCUUAUAACCUCGCGCUAUCCGCGGCGGUGUCGAGUAGCACUGACUCUGAACCCGUCAGUCGACCUCUACGACCCCAACACAGAAGGCGUCGUGGACGUCAACGGCGCACACUGCGGCGCGGCUUGGCAGUGGAACGGCAUCACUCCGGAUCAUGGCCCGGACAACAACUACCCCAGCACCGGCGUUCUCUGCUGGAGCGGCGGAUCCAACACGUUCCAGUUCAGGGUGGCAGAGUUUCGGUCAGCCUCGAGCUUCGAACUCUAUGUCAGUCAUUUGUAUAGCGACACGCGCUUCCUCAAGCCGCCUUACGACGGGAGAAAGGCUCUGGUUAAUAUCAUCAUUCCAAAGGCGCACCCCAUCCCGCCGAUGGCGCCGUACGUGCCCCCGGUCGACCAGUUCGAAUUCAUCGCCACGGCGACGAUUUCGAAACGCACAGACGGUCUGUCGUAG